AUGCACAGGGACGAUGCUCUUGCGGGUUUCUUUCCCCGGGACAUCAUUGACCAGGAGAUUCAUCAGAUUUGCGAGAGUUGGCCGACCAUUCUGGAGGAUAACACUAUCAUCCGGAAGUCGCAAGGCCGAUAUCGGAUCAACGGACGCGAAGUGUCAAUCUCAUUGGUCACUCAUGAAGGAAAAGAUGAGGAGGACGGACGCGAAGGGCUGCCGAGAUGCUCGCCAGAUGUAGUGAGUCUGAAGGAAAUUACGACAAGCCUUGGGGGAAAUCCGGACGACCUCAUCGUUCGAGAUGGUCCGCUUACGCAGCCUUUCCUGGACUAUGUGUUCGAUACAGGGGAGAAAGAAAGCUAUGCGAUGGAGAUUUCCGCAGAUGGAAGAAGCUCUAUGCCCUUGGCGUCUGAUAUGAAAGGAGGGCAACUGGUGGCUGACCCAGGAGAUAGGCUUGAGGCCAUGAGCAUUGCAUUGAACUCAGUGGAGACCCCCGACCCUAUGAUGGCCUUGGGUGAAUUGCCAACUAUGCCUCUUCCACCUCAGUUGCUGGGAACCAAGCUGUGGCAGAGUCCCGGACAGGCGUUCAUUUGUCACACACGGCUGGGCCGCUCUGCAUUUCAGAGUCUCUUGGCUGCGGAUCUGAUCCAAGCAGUUUGGAAGAUUUAG